UUCCUUCUUUUCUUUCAAACAUACACACACAGCCCUUAGAGAGAGAAAGUUAGUCGGAUCUAGAGAGACAGAGAAACGUUAGACAGCAGACCGAUGGCGGUGGAGCCAACUAUGCCCUCCGACCGGCCUCCUCAUCCCGGCUACGCACUCUGUCGGUGAUGAUGAUGGUGGUCGUGUUGCUUGUGGGUUUAACAUCGGCGGCAUAGAUCGGAAAAUGUGGGGGACGGCGGAAUGAAGAUGGUGACUAGCUCUUGCAUAUUUCUCUUUGUCCCUCUUGAAUUGGAAACCCUAACUAUGAACAUGAAGCUUUUGAAACUAGAUCCGGAUGAAACCCUAGAAAAAUCGCCUGAUUCUGAUGCAGAACAUGUUGAAGUGCAGUCUGAAUAUGAGCAGCAAACCCUAGAAGAAUCCUCUAAUUCUGAUGCAGAACAGGAUGAAUGCAACAGUGAAGUGCAGUCUGAACAUGAGCAGCAAACGCUUCCGAUAUGUGAGAAAUUCGAAAAGUUGAGCAACAAAGUGAUGAAUUUGAGAAAAGAUCAUAUGGCACUCUGUGACGAAGUUAAAAGUAUAACUUCUGAUUCUUUUCCUGGAUCUGAAGUUUGGACUGCUCUUCAGAGUCUUGGUGAGGAACAUGAGGCGUUGAAGAAAAAGUAUCAAGAAGAAUGUGAAUGGUUGAAGAACAGAUGUCAAUUAGAGUGCUCGGAGAGAAAACGGUUAUAUAAUGAAGUCAUUGAACUUAAAGGAAACAUUAGGGUGUUCUGCAGAUGUAGACCACUAAACCAUGAUGAGAUCGCUAAAGGGUCAACUUCUGUUGUUGAAUUUAAUUCAGCUCAGGAAAGUGAACUAAAGAUAAUCGGAUCCGAUUCGUCCAAAAAGCAAUUCAAGUUUGAUCAUAUAUUUAGACCUGAGGACAACCAAGUGAUAUAGAUUUUUCAGGGAGUUCUGCUAGUCAACAAAAAUCUAGGAGCAUGAAUAAUGGCAAUGAUCGGGUCAGCGAUUGACUGAGUUGUUGAUGGUGAUGGAGAAGGGUGGUAGUGGUUGAGAAGAUGGUGGUGGAGCCGACGACAGCAGCGGCCGCCGGAGCUCCGGCUCAUGACCUGUAGCAGUGGCGGCAAGCAUUCAACAGAAAAAAAGUAGAAGAUUAAAAAAAUAAAAAACAUAAAAGUGGUGGGGUAGGAUCAUCUAGGACUAUCCUCCCAUACCCUCUAGUUUUGUGGGAUGGACCAUCCUUGGGAGGACUAUGAUGUGGCGCCUACGUGGCGGAUCAUCCUCCAAGGGAGGAUGGGCACCAUACCCUCUAGAUAUCUUGCAACUCGUAUUGUGUAACUAGUAGUUAUAUAUUAUGUAUUUUAGAUACACAAACGAUAACUAUUAAUCGAAUCUUAAAAUCCUAGUUAUUCCCAAA